UUAUUACUGUAAAACUAAAAAUCUGAUGAAAAAAUCUUGUGCUUUACAGAUCUAAGAGGUUAAAUAAAGUACCAUUGUGUAGAGAGAAUCUGUUACAUUUUCUCCAUUGCUCGAAUUAAACGCAAGCGUAGUGUGCAGUCCUACGUGGCAAGGAGUAACGUCAUUUAACCAAUGAUAUUGCUCGAACAGAGCAGCCAAUAGGAUCUCAGCGAAGUGUUUGCGUGCCUUUCAAUGACGUGGAUUUCGUUUCCUUUUAACUUUCUCAUUAGACCGGGAGCCCCUUAGACAAAUCUAUUUGGCGCGCGUAAUUUAUCCGAGUUUGUUAUUGGAUGUCUCGAGUUCGAAUCACCCUGAGCACGAUGUUGAAAUCCAUGAUGGUUUUCGUAUGGGUUUUGAUAGGGUUUUCUUGCCUGGUAAAAGCUCAAAACACUGUACAAGAAGAAUUCAUGGACGGAGGAUUUCCUUCUCUAGACUCUAUGCUGCAAUGGGCUGUAGGCCAUUCAGACCCUGAAAAAUUAAGAGGAGCGGCAGAGGAAACCCAAAGACUGGCUCCAGAAGAUCUUGAGAAGCGAAGAAUUGAAAUUAAGGAACUACUAGACAAUUUACGGAUGCCAUCUGAUGCUGAUCUAAUGAAAAUAGCAAUUGCAGACCUCAAUAAUUCUUCACUUUUGACAGAAGAUCGUUCUCGAGCUCUACAUGAGCUUCUGGAGCUUGUAGAACCUAUUGACAAUGCAAAUGAUUUGAAUAAACUUGGAGGCCUCACUGUAGUUAUUGAAGAACUCAAUAGAGAAGAGAAAGAACUACGAACAAUAGCUGCAUGGGUUCUUGGAAAAGCUAGUCAUAAUAAUCCUGUUGUUCAAAAACAAAUACUUGAGCUAAAGGCCUUACCCAAGUUAAUUCAGCUAGUGAAGUCAAGCUUUUCUGAAGAAGCAGUUAAAGCUCUUUAUGCAGUUUCAGCUAUAAUUAGGAACAAUCCAGAUGGGCAGGCAGUGUUUUACUCAGAAGGUGGAGCUCAUAUGCUUCAGGUUAUCAUGAGCAAUGCUAGCAGUGAUAUGAGGCUGCGUAAGAAGUCUGCUUUCUUGGUGGCUGACUUAGCAGAAGAACAGUUACAAUCUGAUUUGGCUCCAGUUGCCUUUCAAGCUGAUAAAGAAUUUCUAAAAUCAGUGGUGGAUCUCACAGCAGUGCCUGAUUUAGAUACAAAAGAGAAGGCUUUGGUGGCAUUGAGGAGUCUUAUUCAGCUCAGUGAUAGAACUGCUCAAGUUCUGAGAGAUUUUUGUCAGUUGGAAUCGGCAUUGGAGAGUCUUAGAGUUGAACUUGGAGAGUUGAUGCAAGAAGAAAAUCUCAAAGAAUAUGCGAGUGAUGUAGAGGCACAACGCCAAGAAGUAGGCUCCAUUUUUCAAAAGAAAUUGCAAAAUAGAUUAUAAAAUCCUUGACUCUAAGGGUAUCAUCUUUUGUUCUGUAUAUCAUGAGGGAACUAAUGAAAUAUUAUUGAGUUACCAAGAUGGCAUGUUUUUCUAUCAUUCUCUAUGUUGUAUAUUUUUAAGGAAUCAGCAAUAAACGAAAAAGUUCACACUUA